CAACAACUGAAAAAAACGUCCAACAUUCUGGUAAUGCACCAAUCCCAGAAUUGGAAACAAGGUCGAGGUUAACGUUUUCGACGUUAUAUAUGAAAAUACGAGGCCAUGGAUCGAAGAAUAAUGAAAUAUUCGUAGUGGUAUCCUGAAGUGAAUUGAAAUAAAACUAUGAUUGAGGUAUAUAAGCCAAGCAACUAGCUAUGUGGUCGAAUCCGUAGAAGCCAAUAUAGUACAAUGCCGUAGGUAGCUUUUUUUUCUUCCUUUAUUUUUUUAGAGACCAAGACUCGGAAAAAAAGUCAGUGAGGAUUCUCGCUGAGGUCAGGAUGGAUGGCCUACGCGUGGACAGCAGCCCUCGUUUACUCAAUGGCAACGAAGGAGUAAAAGACAGUGAGAACAGUGAGGCCCACGAAACAGACAGCGGCAUCCACAGCGGUGACGACGUAGUGGAUAAAGUGAGUGACGUGAGAACGGUGGUGGAAGUGUAUGACUUGGAGGAGCAUGACCUCGAUGGGAAGAGCUCGGGGAGAGGCACUGCGUGGGAAGGGCUCUCCCUCUCCUUCUCGGACGUGGAGGACUUGCAGAUAAUAAAUCUAGACGAGAGGGGAGAGAGUGAUAAAGAGGAAGAAAAAUUUGGCAGGAAGAGGACCUCGAAUGGGGAAGAGCGGAAGCCCAGGAAAAGGGUUCACAAGCCCUUCCUGAGAGAAAACACGCAGAUCGAAAUCCUCGACACGUCCUCGAACGUCUCGAGUAGUUUCGCAAAACCCGUGGACCAGGGACCAAGGUUGCCAGAUAGCAUAGAAAUUGAAGACCUCGGCAAAGGCCAAGAGGAAAAAGAGGGAGAGGAUGAAGCCAGUGAAACGGUGAAAACUAGUGACGUGAAAAAGGCGAACAAAGACGACCCGCAGGAGAAUAAAAGCACAAUCGUCGUAGAGGAUGACACCGCCGCAAAGGCAGGCACAAACCCGAGUCCGGAGAUCCGGAUCCACGGUAAUCCGACCAUUAGUCUCUCCCAAGAAUCCGAGUUGCCCGACGCUGAAAAGGAGUCGACUCCCUCGAACAUUUCCCUCGCGCCGGCCCAAGAGCACGCCUCCCCAACAAAGAGGUUUGUUUCGAAAUCCUUCAGCGAUGGGACCAUCAUCACCGACCCUUCAAAACUGCGCUUGUUUCAGCCACUGGAUACUCGAGUGCCCCGGAGAGGCAUCCCCUCGAGGAUCGACAUCCAGGAGGACAUCCCCGAAGAUCCCGAGGAUGAGAGUCAAAGGGAGGCAAGGAUGCGGAUGAAGAUGGAACGUCUGGACUCCAGGACCCAGCUGAAGGACACCCUUACCGUGCCUGGCGAGCGUCGUGCCAGCAGGAGCCUGGAGGGCCGUGUCCGGAUUUCCCGCAGAGGAUCCCUGGCCAGGGAGGAGCGCGCGAUGUCCUCAAUGCCCUCGAGCCCUGAGGACGAGGAGGACACGCAGAGAGAGUCCAAGAUCCAGGGCAACGUCACACCGGGGAAGGAGUGGUCGACCGAACGAGUUCAACGCGUGAGGCUGAUCCCAGUGGUUUAAUUUUCAAACGUGGCCAUGUGUAUCAUGGCGUUUACUUCCCAACUCUUACUAACAGCUUUCGGGAUCAACAACUCGAGGUUGCCUACCAGCGUUAUUCUCACCGCCAACGCCAGAAGUCACUCAUCAUGGUCAAUGGGGUUGAUCUUGUGCUUAAAGUGGUUCUUCUCAUUAUUUUCCUCGUGAACAGCACGGGGGAAGCCAACGACCAUGUUGUGGCCAUUACCUAUUCCGUGAGCUGGAUGGUUGUGAACCUGAUCCUGUGCGUUUUGUCUUGGUGGAGAUGCUUUGCUAACAACUACCUCCAUUGGGGAGCUCUUUGUACCUGGCUCGUUCUCAACAUUCAAGGCUGCAUAUCCCAAGUGCUGUGCAGUGGGACAGAAAAUUACAUGUGGUAUUUGCUGUUUAUCGUCUUCGUCACAUACUCUAUGUUGCCGCUGCCUCUCCGCUGGGGUAUGUUGGCUGGGUCUCUCACAGCCCUCAUUCACCUCAUAAUCACUCUCAUUAUCAUACAAACAAGUUUCAACAGCAACUGCGCCGGCCAGUGCAUUAUGGCUAACCUUACGCUGUACUUCGCCAUCAACUUCGCUGGAAUGUACACCAAGUAUCUUACGGACCGGACGCAGCGAAAAGCCUUUUUGGAGACGCGAAAGUCCAUGGAAAUGAGAUGCAGAACACAGAGGGAGAAUGAGAGGCAGGAGAAGUUGCUGUUGUCGGUGCUACCCCGUUUCGUGGCGCUCGAGAUGAUCCGGGACAUCGCCAGAGAGGACGAGCGAGGCGAGUUUCAGCCCUCACAGUUCCACAAGAUCUACAUUCAUCGCUACGAGAAUGUGUCCAUCCUCUUCGCCGAUAUCAAAGGAUUCACAGCCCUCGCCAGUCAGUGCAGUGCCCAAGAGCUGGUCAGGGUCCUUAAUGACCUCUUCGCCCGCUUCGAUCGCCUUGCUAGUGAAAACCACUGCCUCAGGAUCAAGCUUCUAGGAGACUGCUACUACUGUGUAUCGGGACUACCUGAAGCUAGGCCCGACCACGCCCAGUGCACCGUCGAGAUGGGGCUACACAUGAUCAGGGCUAUCAGUUUGGUGAAAGUGCUUGCGGGUGUGGACCUCAACAUGAGAAUCGGGAUCCACUCGGGAGCUGUCUUGUGCGGCGUCUUAGGCCUGCGGAAGUGGCAGUUCGACGUCUGGUCCUAUGACGUCACCCUCGCCAACCAUAUGGAGUCUGGUGGGAUCCCUGGGCGAGUCCACGUGUCCAAAGCCACUGUAGAAUGUCUGAAUGGUGUUUACGAGGUGGAACCCGGACAUGGGUGGACUCGGGACCAAUACUUGAAGGAUCAUGGCGUGGAGACCUUCCUGAUCAAGCGCGAAGAACCCUUGAGGCCGAGACGUCGAGGUCCUCGCUUCUCUCGCUCGAGGCUUUGGUCCGAGGACGAGCGGAACACCUCGGCCUCGCAGAGCUUACGGGAAGCAAGGAUCGGCUCAAACGCCACCACAGUCUCCAACUCACAACUCCAGCGUCUGCCAACUGUGCCAACGACGCCGACAACACCUUCAGAAGACAAAGACGACGAUUCGGUCAACAGCACUCCGGCAACACCCGACCACACGGACACCAACAACGCGAAUCACAACGGCAAUCACAUCGGCGAGUCCGCGAUGAGCAACUCGUCGUCCUCAUCAAGUACUUCCAGCUCCACCACGACGCCCACGGAGAGUGCCGACGACAAGGAGAAAGCUUCCGACGGCGACGCAAGCGAUUCCAACUCCCCGACUCCUUCCCCGACGCCUUUGGAAGAUGAGAACACGACGGAUUGGACUCCCGAAAUUCCUUUUGGAAACCUGAAAUACUAUGCGGGCGUGUGGAGUAGUGCAGCCCAUUACUCUCUGGCGCUCCGUAAGCAAAAAAAAUUCUCGUCUCAGACUUCGCUCGAGAUGGACUGGGAGGACGAGGCUUUCCUGGAGGAGGAGUUCCCAGAGGGCCUUGAGGACGAGGACGACGAGGCUGAAGUCACGCAGUUCACCAACCCGACGAGCACCUUCACGCAGGAGGUGGACAACCUCAUGGACAACAGCAUCGAAAUCGAAUCGAACAAGAGGAUGAGAGCCGAACACAUGAACCCCUUUACCUUAACCUUCAAAGACCCCGAGAUGGAGGAAAUGUACCACCAGGUGCGCGCGGACCUCCUCAAGAGCAACGUCGUCUGCACCUGCGUCAUCUGGGUGCUCAUCGCCGUCUGCCAAGCCAUCAAAACUAAGACUAGGCUCAAACACAUCACCACGCUGAUAGCCCUCCCUACCUGCAGGAGGUCCGCGCUCGUGCUGCCCUUCCUCGUGGCGUCCACCCUCCUGGCGGCGGGCCUCCUGCUGGUUAUGUCGGAGGAGUUCCCUCGUCUCCCGAAGACCCUCCGGAGGCUGUCCACCCGCCUCGCCCGCGCCACCCUCGGCAGGAAGGUGUUCGUGUGCGCCCUCAUCGCCAUCAUCGCAGUGCCAUCCAUGUUAACUCUGAUUCUAGUGUGUAACGACUUGAACUGUUGUACUACCUGUCAUCCAGACAAUCAGACGUAUGGCAUUCCGUUGAGCUUAAUGCACGUAGGAAAUCCGACGAAUAUCGAGAUCUCGCCUUCCCCGGGCCAGAGUGACAUUGUGGUGAAAGACGGCGCCGACAAGCCUCCUCUGUCGCUGCUGCUCUCCCACGCCCCGAGACCCGUCGUCCAGGAAUCGAGAUAUACUGAAGACGUGGGGAAUUACUAUCACGCGGUUAACAAUUUGGGUAAUGACUUCUUCCUGCAGCCUCAGGAGGGCGUCGUCGUUCCAAGGGGAAGGUCAGGGAGGGAGAGCCUGAGGGAGAGGCGCUCGGUGAACCACGAAGCAGGGCAUCGCGAGGUCGAGAGGUGGGCGUACCAACCUCAUGCAGACAGCGGUGAUGUGUUUCCUUCCAUAAGUGUGGCGUCCGGGACUAGAACUAGUAGUGACGAGAGCUUCGCCGUGCUCGAGAGGUAUCGCAGCUUGUCCUUACCAAAGAGCAUGCCGAAACAAGCGCCCGGCGUACAAAUCGACGGCCGGAAGCGAAUCCGUCGGCGGGGAAACAAGCCUCUGGUCGGCGGCGCCGAUCACGACAACAACAGCUUAUCCGGCGCCUCAGCUGCCGGCCUCCAGACGGACAUGCCGAAGACGAUGAGGAAAAACCCUUACCCGGAUGUGAAGGAAACGUCAUCCACUGCCCAGCCGGACGAGUUGAAGGAAUGCUGUCGUAAUAUGUACCCGCAAUACUUCGUCUACACGUGGGUGCUGUGCAUGGUGGCGCUGGCUUCGUUCCUCAAGCUCAACUACCUGGUCAAAACGAUCGUGCUGGUCUUCAUGGUCACUUGCUAUGGCGUUCUCAUACUGAAAUUCCGGAAUCUCUUCUGUAUGCAGGAUGGCGAGACCGACCCGAGCCGCAGUGUCGUGACGCCCUCGAGUGUGAUCAGCCUCCCGGCGAGGAUGGGCGUGCUCCUGGUGCUUUUCUUCUUCAUGGUGACGUACCACGGGCGUCUGGUGGAGAUCACGUCCCGCCUCGACUUCGUGUGGAAGCAGCAGGCAGUGAGGGAGCUCGCGGACAUGGGCGAAUGCCGGCAGUACAACAACCAGCUUCUCAAGAAUAUCCUUCCCGAUCACGUGGCUGCGUACUUCUUGUCUGAGGAUAGGAAGGGAGAGGAGCUGUUUUCCAAAGCCUACGACAACGUGGGAGUUCUCUUCGCCUCGAUACCAAAUUUCACGCAGUUCUACUCCGAGGACGUCAACCGAGGAAUGGAGUGCAUCAGAUUGCUCAACGAAAUCAUCGCUGACUUCGAUGAGCUGCUGGACGAAGACAGGUUUUCGUGCAUCGAGAAGAUUAAGACAAUUGGAAGCACGUACAUGGCUACCUCUGGUCUCAACCCCACCGCUAAGGACGCCGAGGACUGCCACGCCCACCUCUGCGCCCUCGUCGACUUCGCCCUGGAGAUGAAAGCCCGCCUGGAGGACGUCAACAAACACUCCUUCAAUAACUUCAAGCUGAGAGUAGGUAUCAGCCACGGCCCUCUCGUCGGGGGCGUGAUCGGGGCCAAGAAGCCGGUUUUCGACGUCUGGGGCAACACGGUCAAUGAGGCUUCGAGGAUGGACUCCACGGGCGCCAACGACACCAUUCAGAUCCCGAAGGAGACGGCGCAGAUCCUGAACUUCCGCGGCUUCCGCCUGCAGUGCCGCGGAAAGAUCGCCGUGAAGGGCAAGGGCGAGAUGGACACCUACUUCGUGCUCGGCAGGAAGGCCACCGCCCGCGCCAACUUCACCCGGCACCCGUCGACCUACAACUCUCUCGCUGCGGUCGUGUACGGCAUGGUGCAGGCGCGCAAGAAACAGACAAUCAAAAGAAGCAACACUACGGUGCGACGGGACCGGCAGCGGAAGGUCUCGCCGUCCGAAGGGAACACCGCUAUCACAUCAUAUAAUCGCUCCUUUCGGCCAUACACACCAAGCAGUGUGCAGAAAUCCCUGUGGCCUGCUAAUGUGCGCUUCAGUACACAGCAGAAAAUAAUGAGACAGAGAGAGACUUUACGAAUGCCACCACGACAGAGCUUCGGUGUCGCGGUAGUGCACGGAAAUCAUAAUAAUACAGGCUAUAGUGCAGCUGGAGACAUAAUGCUGAAAUUGAGCUUUGGAAAUAGACAAAGGCAGCAAGAGCUUCAGUCUGGUUAG